AUUUCUACCAUGGAACAUACCAUAUAUGUAUGUAAUUUGGAGGUUAAGUUGAUUUAUGAACACGUGUUUUAUAAUCGUUUAAAUAAGUGCAGAAGAAUGGCUGGAAAGAGUUUAGCUGACAAAAUAAAUGCUUUAAUUACGACAAUACCAGAUUUUGAUUCGGAUGAAGAGCCGGAGGAUACAAAGGCGAAAUUAGUAGAACCUUACUGCGAGAGCGAUGCCUCAGAUGACGAGUUCCAGACCUCUAAAAUUCGUAGACAAAAUGUUGAUACCUUGGAGAAGGUGGAUAAAAGGUAUGCUGGUAAAAAGAUCUCGAGGAAAGAUAUAUUUAGCGAUGAGGACGAUAGUAUGAGUGAAGAUGUGGAAAGUGAGAGCUCUGAGAAAGAUGUUGAGGAUGAAGAGAUAAGUACACUGGAGCAAAGUGAUGAUGAAAGUGAUGGGUCAGUCAGCAAUGAGGAAACAAAUUCGAAAGAGGGAUCUAAUAUUUUAGAAAGUACAUCUGAUUCGGAAGAUGGUUAUGACAUGGAUAAUGAUCUGCUCUAUAAACAGGAAAGCUCCACUAUUAAAACGAUGUCUGAAACAAAUGCUAGAACAGAAAUAGAGAAAGGCAAUUAUGUCAGGAAUCAGCUGAAACUGUGGGAAAAUUUCUUGGAGAUGCGGAUAAAAUUGCAGAAGUGUGUUACAAUUAGUAACGAGAUGCCACAGUAUGAUACAUAUAAAGAACUUAGAUCGGACACAGAGUUUGUGAAGAAGGUCAAUGAAACCAAAACCAACUUGGCGCUAAUCAUGAGGAAUAUGUUACGAUUAAAAAAUGUCUUAUUGAAACAAUAUCCUGAAACGAAAAAUCUGUGUAAUGAUGUUAAAAAGAGGAAAACCGACAAGGAUAAGAAUUUAAACACAGAUGAUCCAAUGGAUGAAGAAAUAUGUUCUGAUACUGAAGAUGAAUUAGAAAACGGAAAGCAAUCAUUCACUGAUGAAGAUGCAGAAGCGGUUGAGCAAUCAGUACCUCGAAAACGUUUGAAAUAUAAUGACUAUGAAAAAGUUCUACAAAAAGAUCAUGAUUCCUAUAGAGAAUACAGAGACUCUGUUAUAAAGAAAUGGAACGACAAAACGCGGAUUGCCACAGGCUCGAUAAGCAAGAGUUCAGGGCAGACUACACUGAAACAAAUUGAAUUUGCUAUGAACGAUGUAAGCAAGUUGCGAAGGAGAACUCAACUCAAGCGUUCCGAGUACAAUAUCGUUGGUAAGUCUCUCCCAAACGAGGACACUGAUGGUAGAAGAGUUCAGGAGUACGAUCCAGAAAUUUAUGACGAUUACGAUUUCUAUCAUCAAUUGAUAAGGGACCUGAUAGAAUAUAAAUCGUCGGACGUGACGGAUCCUAUACAGCUCAGCAAACAAUGGAUCCAAUUACAGAACAUGCGUAAAAAAAUGAAAAGAAAAAUUGACACACGUGCAACGAAGGGCAGGAGGGUGCGAUAUAAUGUUCACAAUAAGUUAAUUAAUUUCAUGGCACCUAUUACGAUACGUGACGUGUGGACAGACAAUGCGAAAAAUGAAUUGUACAAUUCAUUGUUCGGUAAAAUAAAAUCGACAGAAGAACAGACGAAAUAAUUUUACGUCUAUAAUAUACAAAAAUUCAUGUUUCAUGUAUGUA